GGUACAGUUCCCUUCUGUCCUAUUGAGUGGCACCUCGCAAGCCCCCUUCAGCUAAAACCAAAUCUCCGAUAAAGUAAUGGCAAAACCACUUGGACUAUAAAACAUUACAAAUCAUAUUCCUCGGAGCAUAUUUGUCCAUCCAAUGAGUUCCUAUUUUGUCAACUCAACUUUUCCUGCUUCUCUGCCCGGAGGACAGGAGUCUCUCCUCGCUCAGAUACCUUUAUAUUCCUCCGGAUAUACUGACCCUUUAAGACACUUUUCCAACGCUACAUAUGGAGCUGCCAAUAUGCAAGAGAAGGUAUACCCAACCUCAUAUUACCAGCAAACCACUGGUAUCUACGGUCGCCCCAGCACCAGCGCUCCCUGCGACUAUACAGCUGCCACUUUUUACAGUGACCGCUCGUGCGCUUUCGCAAAUCGAGAGGAGCAGCCGCUCUUUUUAACUCAGGACCAGCGCAAGUCAGAGUGCCUCGAGCAGAAUGUAAACAUAACCACUGCUGUGGACGACAAGUCUUCUCUGCUUUAUCCGUGGAUGCAAAGGAUGAAUUCUUGCACCGCCGGGACAUUGGGCAGCAGUGGACGCAGGGGCCGUCAGACCUAUACUCGAUACCAGACUCUUGAGCUCGAGAAAGAGUUCCAUUUCAAUAGGUAUCUCACCAGGCGUCGUCGAAUCGAGAUUUCGCAUGCUCUGUGUCUCACUGAACGUCAGAUAAAGAUUUGGUUCCAGAAUCGCAGAAUGAAGUGGAAAAAGGAGAACAAAGUUAUGAAUCCUUCGAAACCCAGCGAUGAAGAGGAGGAAAAACAGACGGAUUAAAAGACACUGAGUAAAAAAGCUACACAAGCCAUCCUAUAACUGUUGUACCAUGAAUUGAGAGAUGUUAAAUUAUUGUUGGCUGUUGUUUUUCAUAAAAUGGCUGCCUAGGCCUACACAUGUUUGUGAAAAUAUGUAAAUAGGCCUACUAGAUAAAUAUAUUUGCACGAUGAAAUAACGUCUGUUGGUUAGAAACAGGUUAAAACCAACUGAAGCUGGCUAGCCUAUUCUUAUUUGAUUGUGUUUGUAUUUUUUGUUUUGUCAAUAUUGUUGCUUGAAUGUAAAGUAGGGUUUACCACAUCCACAAAGUCAAAAUUGGCUAUAUCGUAAAAAUGUAUGAAAACAUAAAUGUGGUCUUAAUUUAAGGUUAGGUAGUGUGGUUAAGGUUAGAAGUGUGGUAAAGGUAUAAAUUCACAUUUUAGGAAAAUCAAUUGCAGAAAUAGGCGGGGUUUAUGACUUUGUGGUUGUAGUAACUGAUGACGAUCGUGAAAUAGGCCUACACUCGCACAUACUUGUUUCCUGGAGCGGCGUUGGAGAAGUGCAAAAACAAGCCUAGUCAAAAUACUCGAUAAUUAAAUAUUUUUGCUUCAAAAAUAUUUUUUUAUGGCCCCAUUAUCGAUACAAGAGAGAUGCUUUGGCCUAAUAGCCUACCAUAGUUUGUGUUGUAUUUUGUUUGUUUUAGGCUUUUACAUCGCUUUGUCAUAUUCAACUGGAUAAUGUUUUCACAAGUUGUUUAUUGUGCACUUGCCAUCUGGAUGUCGUGUGCAAUAUUAUGUAAGACAUGUUUUUGUUGUCUUUUGUAAAUGCAAAUAAAGCGUUGGUAAUUUCUGUAAA